GGCCAAUUGGGAUUCUAUUGAUAUCCCUAAGUUCGUGGAUGAUCGGAUGUUCUGAAGUCUAUCAUGGGGAUGAAUUAGUUGACGAAUGGAUUGAGAAGCCGGAAGGGUUUGCACUAGAAGGGGUGCCAUGGGUUUUAUACCCAUUCUCAGCAAAGAAGGGACCAGUUAAUUACUUGAAUAUGGCCGUCAAGCCACGCUGGGCGAUGCUCAGGAUUUCGGGAACUGGAACUGAGGAACAUAUGCGGCUCUUCAAUAUCGGUCUUGAGCCCCUUGUAUACGCAGUUAAAGAGACAGACUCCAACCGCUGGAUCUGGGCCAAACAGCUUGGGCCAACACAGGGCCAUCUGAUUCGCACAUCGGCUGCUCUUGUUUAUCUGCUUCCUAUACCGGUUGUUAAAAUUGAUGAUAAGUCGUCUGAGCUGGGCCAAAAACAGUCAACUAAAUAGAUGUUCUUACUUCACUUGUUAUAGAAUGUAACUUUCUCUGGAUUGAUGAGCAAGACCAAUUUUUAACACUAGUCUUAUUAUUACUGUGGGGAAUUGGUGCCAGUUCACAGAAAAAAUCUCGUGCCAUACACAUGUUGAUGAAGAUUACUGGUGUUAAAUAUCUA